AUGGAUGUAGACGAAAACAGUGACACAGCCAUUACCGCUUAUGAUGAUGAGGCUGAUAGUGAAGAUAAUGACAAUUAUGGAGGUGAUGGCAAUGGUGACGAUGGUGAUGGAGAUGGUGAUGAUGGCGAUGAUAUGGAAGGAGACCAGCACUCGGUAACAGAGCUAGAACUAAGUCGAGAACUUGAGCCAGACUCCGAUUUUGAACAAGAACAGCCACAAGCACAGACCCCCAACCAAAAUGAAGGAAACGACCAUUCCCAAGGUGGUUGGGGCAUUGACACCAAUUCUCAAGGUGGAUUUGGAAAUGACAGCAACUCCCAAGGGGAUUUGGGAUAUGAUGACAACCCACAGGGUGGUUGGGGAUACAAUGACAAUCCCCAAGGUGGAUGCCGUAAGAGGAACUGCAAGAACAAGAAAGGCAAAAAAAUUAGUAAAGGCAUUAACACGAGUAGCCAUAAUUCUCAAGAUAAUUGUAGUAAGAACAAUUACCAGAAUAAUAAACAGAGUAAUUCUGCUAAUAACAGCAACUUCAUCAAUAAACGUCAUUAUAAUUAUGAAGAUUUUAUGAAGAGCGGUAACAACAAUUCUGACUUCAAUAACCAGAACAAUUAUACCAGCAAUAACAAGAACAAUUAUAGCAGUAAUAACAAGAACAAUUAUAACAAUCUGGUAGCUGGCACUCUUGACCUUAUUGCAAUGGCACUCAUAGACAAGAAUGAUGAUGGAGCUAGCACCCCAAAGAAAGUUGAUUUCUUCAAUCAAUUAAAAGGCAUCUUCAAAUCAUCUUUUAAAUCCCAUGAGGCUGGUCCUUCACCAAUAGAUAGUCUGGUGCUGAGAUUACACUAUCGUAUGGGGGUCUGCUUGUUCCUGAUUGCAUACAAUGUAGUCCAGUCUAAUUGGUUUUUAGGAGAUAGUAUCCACUGUGUGUCUCAUUUUAAUGCUGAGGAAAAGGUCAAGUUUUACAUAAGGAACAUCUGCCUCUCUUAUCCCUAUGUCUGUGAGGAGGAAGAGAUUGCUGGAGUCAAAAAAGGUGUCUGCCCCCGGCAAUACAUCCUUUUCUAUCGUUGGAUAUACUUCUCUUUCCUGCUUCUGGCUGGGCUGUAUUAUAUUCCACGGAUAAUUGCCAAACAAGCUGAAAAUCCACGGCUUCGGAAACUUAUGACUGAUCUGGCUCAAGGAGAAAAUAGAUAUGAUGGAUCCACCUGGGAUAAAGACACGGAGAUCAUGCUGAAGUAUCUGCAGAACCACACCUCCACACACAACACACUGUACAUCUGGCAUGUUGUGUGUCAUGUGAUAGCAUUGGCUAUUGAUGUAGGGGUAAUAUUCUUCUUUGAUUUUUGUCUCAAUGGUCGCUUUUUGAAGUUGAUUUAUGCAGCAUAUCCUUUUGACCGUGAUCCAGUAUACUUCAAGGAUGAGCUCUCUCGCACAUUUCCUCCAUUUGUAUAUUGUGCUAUUGAUACUCAAAUGUUAAUUAACAGUGAGCGAGAAGAUCUGCUUGGAUGUCAUCUAAUGCUGAUGGAGCUAUAUGAGAAAAUGUUCAUCGUGAUCUGGUUUUGGCUGGCAGUAGUAACGCUGUGCACAGCUUUGUCAGUAGUAUGCCUUCUGCUGGUUGUACUUCCACCCUUCAAUCGACUCUUUCUUAAAAUGCACACAACCUCAAAAGAUAUCCGAAAUAUCAAGAGGAAAAUAUUAAAACUUUGUCCCUAUGGUGACUUGUAUGUUUUGUACUUGAUGAAAUGCCACAGGAGUGAGGCACAAUUCAUCAUGUUUCUCAAAAAAUUUGUCCAUUAUUCUGAAGACACUUUACAAGAGGUUGUGGUUCAAAGUGAAAACAAAAAAUCAUUGAAUUGGAGGGAAAGGUUAACAAGCAUAGAGAAUAUCACUAAUUCCUCCAAUACUGUGGAAAAUGAGAGACUGUUAAAUGAUAGUCAGGAUUUACCUCAUCGUCAGCAAACAUCAAAUUUUCAUAACAAGGAUGAUCAUUUUCAGAAUGUCAGUACUUCAAAUCCAUUUCCAAAACCUUGGUAUCGCCCUCCUACCAUACAGUCAAAUGAAAUUAAAGAGUGAUAUCCAGUAGUUUAAGCUUAUGGAAUCUUGAAAUGGGUGAAAUAUUUAGUGGAAAUUGUCUAGAUAUAAUUGCAUUGAAAACAUUACUCAGGGAUGUAUAUUGAUACACAAAUCCAAUAUUUAAUAAAUUUUACUUCAGAACAUUUAAUAUCCAAAGUGUGAAAUUGAAAGGUUCUGAAAAAACUAUGGAAUUAAAGGUCCAUAUAGACAUUAAAUGUUAUGAAGAUAAUGGUAAAGUUCCAGAUAAUAACUUUUAGGACAAAUUAAUGGAGCUAGUUUCCUUUUUUGUCAUAUUAGAAUGUUGUUUUAUUUCUUGUCUGUUGAUUUUGGGUAAUUUACUUUGUGCAUAUCAUUUGUUUUGAAAAACUGUUGGUUUCUAGUCCUUUAAUGGUGAUAGAAGUGUUUUUUUGGCAGGCAAUCUAUAUGCUCUUAUGAAAGGCAUUCCAAAAGCAUUAUUAAAUAAUGUUCAGUGUUCCCUACACAUGGUGUUGCUUAACGACUUCCAGACCUGACGAGUGUCAUUUUGUAAAAGAAAAGCAAGGUUAAAGGAAAAGUGUAAAGAGUGCUAACUUAGGUUUAUUAUAGCUAUACCACACUUGGCCUUGAGAACCCAUGCACUGCUCAUUAGUUCUUACUUAGGAAUGAUUCUUAAACUGUAACUACUGUAUUGUAUGUGCUCCGAGUAAGUAACCUCUGUUCAAAAUGUUUUCCUGUAUGCAGCAAGUAAGCAUUAGUAGUGUUCAAAAUGUUCUGUAUAAUAUUUACUUUAGAAAUUGUGUUCAUUUUAUUGCUCACUGUGCUGUGUAAUAUUAACCUCGUAUACAGUACUGUAUUUGUGACUUAAAAUGUGCAUGUUUAGUUUACUCGGUAAAAACCCAUGUAUUUACUGACAUAAAUUUCUUGAAGCAUUUUCAUAGUUGUUUAGUAUGCCUAGUUGCUCAAAUCACUUCUCUUUUAGUUAAUGUUAGAAGGAAUAUGUUUUUUUUUACAGUGACAAUUACUUAUUUGGUUACCUGUAAUAUAGCUACUGUAUAUCAACUUAUUUGUACUCCUUAAGAUAUUUAUGGUAUACUGUGUAUUUUUUCAUGAACCAACCUUAAUCAUUUUAAUGUUCAGUUUUUAUUCUGAACAUUUUUGCAGUCUGUGAAUUGUUGUUUCCCCUAAUAAUUUUCUGCUUAGUCAUAUAUAAUUUCAUAAUUAGGCUACUCCAGAGCCUAACUUGUGUGUAUUUUAUUUUGAAUUUUUUGAAAAAACGUUCAAGAAUAUUAGAAACCUGACGAGUUAAGUGUUAAAUAUUCUUGGAAUUAUGUAAUGUGCUCGUCACUGCAGCCACCUGUACAGUUGUCACUACAAGUUUGCAAUUAUCAGUUUAAAGUAAUAAUUUGCUUCUCCACUAUUGUACCAAAAAGGACAAAUUGUCAAAGAUGUAUCCUUACCUUUUGCUUUCAUAACUGUAUAACUGUUUAGUGAUUAUAUAUCGUAUGCCAAUUCUUUUUCAAAUACUGUAUUCAUAAUUUAAACUAUAAAGCUCAUAUAACAGUUUUGAAAAAUUAAUAAUUAUAAGUGAUUCUUUUAAGUGUCAUAAUGGCUCGAGUAGAUGAUUAUCACAAUUAUACGAGUCCACCCAAUUUAAUUCACACUAUGAGACUUGGUUCAUCUUACUGUGGUUUAAAGUAUUUGUCUGUAACUCCUUACAUAUUUGUUAUACUAUACAGAAAGCAAUAUAGAUUUUGUUUAUUGUGAAAUGUUUUCCAUUAUUAGUUAAGCAUAUUAAAGGUUGAAAUUAUUAUUUGUAGUCAUAUGAGUGUAAAUAAGUACUUGAUUGGCUUAACUGCAUUUUUCAGAGUGACUAUUAAUUUGAAUAGAAUUUAUAGUCUUUAUAGAAUAUUUCUGUGCGUUACAAAGUACAAAUCCUUCACUUAAGAGUACAAAUUGCUCAGCAACAAGUAGGCUAAAAUUAACAACCAAGUUAUUUACACAUGAAAUACAAUUGAACAAACGUCUUUAACUUUUACGUUACUCAAUAUUACCUACACACAGAAAUCACAAUAACGUGAUAUAUCAAAUGCAUAAAUCCACAAGGGUCGUGAUGAGGGUUCGAACCUACGCCCGGGAUAUUUCCAGAUGCGCCUUAGUCAACUGUACCACAGCCGUGUCAUGGUACAGUUGACUAAGGAGCAUCAGGGAACAUCCAGUGCGUAGGUCCGAACUUUCAUCAAGGCCCUUGUGGAUUUGUUCAAUAUUACCUAAUCUCUCACUUUUUUAUAUGGCGAAGAUUCUUUAGAAAAAAGUUUGCAGCAGUGUUUAUACUCGCUGAAUUUCAGAGCUCAGCAAUGUACAUACUGUAUUUGUGUUUAUCUUUUUCAAACAGGUAUGUGGCAUUACAAUUUUUUUUACUGUAGAUGGUUUAAUUUUAAAUUUUCUUAGUGUUAUUGUCUGCAAUUAACCUCAUUUUGUCAAAAGCCUACUUGUUAAGCUAAAAUUUUGUAAAGGUUCAUGAGAUGCUUUCCUUAAAUCUUUUGUAUAGGAUCCAUUAAUGGUUAUGAUUUUGAAAAUAAAGGAAUUUGCAGCUGUGUA